CUUCUGAUUGAAAGCCUGAGCUCAGCUUCCUCCUCUGGUCGUCUGUCAAGAACUGACUCGAAGCGUUUGGUCAUGUCUGCAGGACCUCAGCUGUCAGAUCCACCAAGAUGACGGAUUCAGACCCGAUCAGAGUCCAGGGUCCAGGAUCCUGUAGUCUCUUCAGAAUGAAGGACUGGUCCAACAAUCAGCAUCCAGACUCCAGAGAACCUGGACUCUCAGACUCAAGAGAUGAACUGCUACAGAGAAUCAAGUCAGACAGCAUCUAUGCAUUAAGAAGACUGAACUCCAAAGAGAGAAACCCACCAUACAUGAGUCAACCUGGACCCCCAGAGGCUAAAGAUCAACUACUCACUCAGAAAAGUCCGUCGUCAGACAGCAUCUAUGCAUUAAGAAGAUUAAACUCCAAAGAGAGAAAUCCACCGUACAUGAGUCAACCUGGACCCCCAGAUGCUAAAGCUCAGCAGACUGCACUGAGGAGCCAGUCUGCAGAAUCCAGAUGUUGGUCCAUGAAGAGCAACAACUCCAAAGAGAGAAAUCCACCCUUUAUGUGUGAAUGUGGACCACCGGGCUCAGAAAAGGCGAUCCCUGUUUGUGAGGAGAAGCGGCCGUCCUGUUGUGCUCUGUGUCAGAACAUCCUGAAAGACCCGAUCUCCAUCAGCUGUGGACACUGGUUCUGCACAUUCUGCAUCACCUCAUCCUGGGACCAGUCUGCUCCAUCAGGACUCUUGUCCUGUCCUCAAUGUGGCAAAAGACCAAGAACUGAUGUUGGUCUCCAGGAGCUCUUAGAUGAACAUCAGAUCAGUCUGAGGAGGAAAUGUGAACAUGCAACUGAAGAAUCAGGAAGAGAAUCUCUCCUAAACCUGAUCUACACGGAGCUCUACAUCACAGACGGACUGAGAGAAGUUCAGACCCAACAUGAGGCGAGGCAGAUGGAGACCUCUUCCAAGACCAACAGGCUUCAUGAUGCUCCAAUCAGGAACCAGGACAUCCUGAAACCUUUACCUGACCAACAUGGACCCAUCAGAGUGGUUCUGACCAGCGGCGUCGCUGGAGCUGGAAAAAGCUUCUCGGUGCAGAAGUUCACUCUGGACUGGGCCGAGGGCUCGGAGAACCAAGACAUCAGUGCUGUGGUUCCUCUUUCCUUCAGGGAGCUGAACCUGAUCAGAGAUGAGCAGCACAGUCUUCUCACUCUGAUCCAGCGGUUCCAUCCAACGUUCCAGAAGAUCCCAGCAGAGCAGCUGUCUGUCUGCAAACUUCUGUUCAUCUUUGAUGGUCUGGAUGAAAGCAGACUUUCUCUGGACUUCAACAACAGUCCGGUGGUGUCUGAUGUCACACAGAAGUCCUCAGUCGAUGUGCUGCUCACUAACAUCAUCCAGGGACGUCUGCUUCCCUCAGCUCUGGUCUGGAUCACUUCCAGACCUGCAGCAGCCAAUCAGAUCCCUCCUUCAUGUGUGGACAGACUGACAGAAGUACGAGGCUUCAAUGAUGCUCAGAAGGAGGAGUACUUCAGGAGGAGAUUCCCAGAUGAAGAGCUGUCCAGCAGAAUCAUCUCCCACAUCAGGAGCUCCAUGUCCCUCUACAUCAUGUGUGAAGUUCCAGUCUUCUGCUGGAUCACUGCUGUGGUUCUGGAGAACAUGCUGACCACAGAGCAGAGAGGAGAGCUGCCCACCACCCUGACUGACAUGUACUCACACUUCCUGAUGGUCCAGACAAAGAGGAAGAAGAACAAGUACCAGCAGGAACAUCAGACAAGUCCACAAGAGCUGACAGAGACUGACAGGGAGGUUCUUCUGAAACUGGGGAGGCUGGCAUUUGAACAUCUGGAGAAAGGAAGCAUCAUGUUCUACCAAGAAGACCUGGAGCAGUGUGGUCUGGAUGUCACAGAGGCCUCAGUUUACUCUGGAGUUUGUACUGAGAUCUUCAGAAGAGAUUAUGAGAUCUUCCAGAAACCGGUCUACAGCUUUGUUCAUCUGAGUGUUCAGGAGUUUCUGGCUGCAGUCUACAUGUUUCAAUGUUACUCCAACAGGAAAAUAAAGGUCAUUGAAGACUUCCUGAAGUACAACAUGAAGAACCCAUCCCUGGAUGAGUUUCUGAGUAGAGUCAUGGAGAAAUCUCUGCAGAGUCAAACUGGACACCUGGACCUGCUUGUUCGCUUCCUUCAUGGUCUCUCUGUGGAGUCCAUCCAGAGAUUCUUAGGAGGCCUGCUGGGUCAGGCAGAGAAGAAUCCAGAAACUUUCCAGAGAGCCAUCAAAAACCUGAAGGAGAUCAACAUCAGUGAAAGAGUCUCUCCUGACAGAAGCAUCAACAUCUAUCACUGUCUGAUGGAGAUGAAGGACCUCUCAGUUCAUCAGGAGAUCCUAGAGUUCCUGAAGUCAGAGAACAGAUCAGAAAAGAAGCUCUCAGAGAUCCACUGCUCAGCUCUGGCCUACACUCUGCAGACGUCAGAGGAGGUUCUGGAUAAACUGGACCUGGACAAGUUCAAGACAUCAGCUGAGGGUAAACGGAGACUGAUCCCGGCUGUGAGGAACUGCAGAAAGUUCAGAAUUCCAAUGGGAUUUGCACUCUCAGAGACUGACUGUAAAAUUGUGGCCUCAGCACUGAGGUCUAACCCGUCCCACCUGUCGGAACUGGUCCUGAGCUUUAAUGAGAUGACGGAUUUCUCCAUGAAGGUUCUGUGUUCUGGACUGGAGAGUCCAAACUGCAGACUGCAGACUCUGAGGUUGAUCAACUGCAGUUUGUCAAAGAUCAGCUGUGCUGCUCUGGGAUCAACUCUGUCUUUAAACCCGUCCCACCUGACAGAACUGGACCUGAGGAACAACAACUUUCAGUCUUCAGAUGUUCAGCAGCUCCAGGAUCUGGUGGAGAGUCCAAACUCCAAACUGC